UAUCCUUAGUUUGCCCAUAGUUUCAUAAAUCUAUAGAAACGUGCUUUCAUGCUGUUAAUAAGUGCUUUGCCUUAUCACUUUCGAUGUUUUUGUCAAGCUGUAACUGAUUUGAAAAGCGCUCACUGUUUCUGAUUGACCCGGAAGCGUCAGUAGAUACUGAUACAACUGGGAAUGGACGGAAAAAUGUAUUUCUGAAAGAAAUGUCUUAUUUCGGGUAAAUCUCAGUACCAGGAACUGAAGGGUUUGACAUGACCCGCUCUGGGUGAGCAAGUGAUGAAAUGCAUCAUUUUCAGGACGUCUGCUAAUCUUGAUAAAAACGCCUGAUUGUCUUGUUGUUGAUGUAACAAUGUGGGGGUAUAUCUACGUUUAUGGAUUAUGCAAUCUCCAAGCAAUUAGAGCUUUUGGAGUUCAUUAAGCAACUGUGACUUAAGGUUUUCUGCACGGCUUAACUCAUGAGUUGGAAUAAAAAAGUCGACUACCUUUUACAAUGUAACUGGUAUAUCUUCUGGCCUUGAGGGAUCAUUAACUCAAGACGUUUUUGUGGUGAGUGCAAGAUUACGGUACUCAACUCCUUAUCAGUUAUUGGCAAGGCGAGGAGCUACUGCUAUAGGUCCUGUCCUCCUGUUGGCAAACGGUUGAGGGAUUUCCAGUAAAAGUAUCACAUGUGAUACCGUAUUUAAUUUAAAGCCUUUGAGCAUUGUUACACUACUUUUGAAAUCAUGGCUGGCGGUGGAGGUCCUGUUAAAACGUUCUCCGUCUGGGACUAUGUGGUUUUUGCCGGCUUGAUUCUGUUCGCGGCCGGCAUUGGGUUGUUCCAAGCCAUCCGUGGACGAAAGGACACUAGCAGUAGUGAAUUUCUAUUGGGAGGCCGUCAGAUGACAGCCGUACCUGUGGCUUUGUCCCUCACAGCUAGUUUUAUGUCAGGCAUCACUGUCAUCGGAACGCCCGCCGAGGCUUAUCUGUACGGGACACCGUUCUGGCUCUUUGUCUUCUCUUAUGCGAUCAUGUCCAUUAUCAGCGCUGAACUUUUUGUGCCUCUGUUUUACCGCCUGAACAUCACCAGCACUUAUGAGUACUUGGAAAUGCGUUACAACAAACUCAUUCGAAUCAUUGGAACAAGCAUGUAUAUUGCUCAAACGGCUUUAUACACAGGCAUGGUCAUCUAUGCGCCUGCACUCGCCCUGAAUCAGAUCACUGGUCUAGAUCUGUGGGGAGUACUAGUGGCGACAGGCAUUGUCUGCAUCAUCUACUGCACACUUGGAGGGCUGAAGGCAGUGAUAUGGACGGAUGUGUUCCAGAUGAUCAUUAUGUUGGCCGGGUUUGUGGCAGUUAUUGCACGCGGGGCGACUCUACAGGGGGGACUUGGAAGGGUCUGGAACGAUAGUUACCAUGGUGGACGUUUGGAAACGUUCAGUUUUGAUCCUGAUCCUUUGAGGCGUCACUCUUUUUGGACGAUCGUGGUCGGCGGCAGUCUGAUGUGGACAUCGAUGUACUCCAUCAACCAAUCACAAGUGCAACGCUACAUUUCCUGUCGGACAAUGACUCAGGCGAAGCUAGCACUGUACCUGAACAUGGUGGGGUUAUGGGUCACAGUGAGUCUGGCUAUGCUUUCCGGUCUCACAAUGUACUCCAUCUAUAAGGACUGCGAUCCAUUCAGUAAUAAAGACGUGGGAGCCACAGAUCAGUUACUUCCGUAUCUGGUGAUGGACAUACUUGGAGAUUUCCCAGGACUGCCUGGCUUGUUUGUGGCUGCGGCCUACAGUGGAACAUUAAGCACAGUGUCGUCCAGUAUCAACGCUCUAGUGGCAGUCACAAUGGAGGACUUUUUGAAACCUUCAUUUCCCUUGCUGACAGAGAGACACCAGUCCUGGAUCAACAUGGGCAUGAGCGUAUUCUAUGGAGCUGUAUGCAUCGGGAUGGCCGGUGUGGCGUCCUUGAUGGGCAAUAUACUGCAGGCAGCACUGUCCAUAUUUGGAAUGAUCAGCGGCCCUCUGUUCGGUCUGUAUGUGCUAGGCAUGUUCUUCCGCUGUGUCAACUCCACUGGAGGUUUAGUUGGUUUGAUUUCCGGACUGAUUUUAACAUUAUGGGUGGGAAUUGGAGCUCAGCUGUAUCCUCCAUUACUUGAGAAGACAUUUCGCCUUCCUCUGAGUGUGGACGGCUGCAUCGCUCCUGAGAUGAACCACACCACCACUAUGAUACCAUUUAGUACAGUCCUACAAAGCACAACUCCAAUGCCAAGACCAGCUUUGGCAGACAGCUGGUAUUCUCUUUCCUAUCUGUACUUCUGCCCCGUAGGCAUAAUUGUGACCAUGAUCACAGGACUGUUCGUCAGUGCAGUCUCAGGUGGCUGUAAACAGAAGAAAGAUCGGCCGGAGCUGUUUAUCACAAAGUCUGAUCUCCUUUGCUUCCGUUUCAGUGGAAAAACAGAGAUGUCCAAGCCAGACCUCAAUGAGAAAGAGGCUAAACAUGUCCAGGGGCUGGACAGUCCAGUUUUCUGCGACAAUGAAAUUGCAUUGAAGGAGAAAGACUCAGAGAAGAUCACAAGGUUUUAGAAGAAAUGCGAAAGAUGUUGUAAAUAGUAAACGAAAAAUGUAUUUAUGUGUGUUAAGAUAAAUGGACGGACAUGAUGAGGACCUUUCAAAACCUGCAUUUUACUGUAUGACAUAUUUUCAUAAACUAUAAUAAAGCCAGUGAUUUACAUGAUUAAAAAUGUUAAGUAAUAAAAUGUUUCAUAUUGCAUUUUGUAUUAAAUGAAAUCAAAUUUGA